GCAUUCCAGUAAAAAUAUUAAGGGCAAAGCUGUAUUAUCACUAAAUUAUAAAGAAGAAGCUGAAGAUAUCAUGCAGCGCUCCUCAGGAGAAAACCUCAUUACCCUUAGUGUACACCCAGGACUUCAAAGUACAGAUCUAUUAUAUAAUCCCCCUCAUCAUGAGGGACCUUCCCCUGACCAAUUACAGAUUGUUACCAAAAAUACAGGUCAGAAAGGGGAUAAAAAGUUUCAGGGUGGUAAACAGUUUAUAGAAGAAUCAAGACUUUCUACACACAGAAGAAUUCACACAGCAGAGCAGCUAUACUCCUGUUUAGAAUGUGGAAAAUGUUUUACAAAAACAUCAUAUCUUAUUCAACAUAAGAGAAUUCACACAGGAGAGAAACCAUAUUCGUGUUCAGAAUGUGGUAAAUGUUUUACAGAUAAAUCAAAUCUUGUUAGACAUAGGACUAGUCACACAGGAGAGAAGCCAUAUUCAUGUUCAGAAUGUGGGAAAUGUUUUACAAAAAAAACAGAUCUUGAUAGACAUGAGAGAGUUCACACAGGAGAGAAGCCAUAUUCAUGUUCAGAAUGUGGGAAAUGUUUUACAAAGAGACAAUAUCUUGUUACACAUGAGAGAAGUCACACAGGAGAGAAGCCAUAUUCCUGUUCAGAAUGUGGGAAAUUUUUUACAAGAAAUUCAUAUCUUAUUCAGCAUAAGAGAAUUCACACAGGAGAGAAACCAUAUUCGUGUUCAGAAUGUGGGAAAUGUUUUACAGAUAAAUCAAAUCUUGUUAGACAUAGGACUAGUCACACAGGAGCGAAGCCAUAUUCAUGUUCAGAAUGUGGGAAAUGUUUUACACAAAAAACAGAUCUUGUUAUACAUGAGAGAAGUCACACAGGAGAGAAGCCAUAUUCAUGUUCAGAAUGUGGGAAAUGUUUUACAAAGAGACAAUAUCUUGUUACACAUGAGAGAAGUCACACAGGCGAGAAGCCAUAUUCCUGUUCACAAUGUGUUAAAUGUUUUACAAAUAGACAAUAUCUUGUUACACAUGAGAGAAGUCACACAGGAGAGAACCCAUAUUCAUGUUCAGAAUGUGGGAAAUGUUUUACAAAAACAUCAAAUCUUAUUCAGCAUAAGAGAAUUCACACAGGAGAGAAACCAUAUUCGUGUUCAGAAUGUGGGAAAUGUUUUACACAUAAAUCAUGUCUUGUUAGACAUAAGAGAAUUCACACAGGAGAGAAACCAUAUUCGUGUUCAGAAUGUGGUAAAUGUUUUACAAAUAAAUCAAAUCUUGUUAGACAUAGGACUAGUCACACAGGAGAGAAGCCAUAUUCAUGUUCAGAAUGUGGGAAAUGUUUUACACAAAAAACAGAUCUUGAUAGACAUGAGAGAAGUCACACAGGAGAGAAGCCAUAUUCAUGUUCAAAAUGUGGGAAAUGUUUUACAAAGAGACAAUAUCUUGUUACACAUGAGAGAAGUCACACAGGAGAGAAGCCAUAUUCCUGUUCAGAAUGUGGGAAAUGUUUUACAAAAACAUCAUGUCUUAUUCAACAUAAGAGAAUUCACACAGGAGAGAAACCAUAUUCAUGUUCAGAAUGUGGGAAAUGUUUUACAGAUAAAUCAAAUCUUGUUAGACAUAGGACUAGUCACACAGGAGAGAAGCCAUAUUCAUGUUCAGAAUGUGGGAAAUGUUUUACACAAAAAACAGAUCUUGUUAGACAUGAGAGAAGUCACACAGGAGAGAAGCCAUAUUCAUGUUCAGAAUGUGGGAAAUGUUUUACAAAGAGAUCAUAUCUUGUUACACAUGAGAGAAGUCACACAGGAGAGAAACCAUAUUCAUGUUCAGAAUGUGGGAAAUGUUUUACACAAAAAUCUGAUCUUGUUAGACAUGAUAGAAGUCACACAGGGGAGAAGCCAUAUUCCUGUUCAGAAUGUGGGAAAUGUUUUACACAAAAAUCAGAUCUUGUUAGACAUGAGCGAAAUCACACAGGAGAGAAGCCAUACUCCUGUUUAGAAUGUGGGAAAUGUUUUACAAAAAAAUCAUAUCUUGUUAAACAUAAUAGAUGUCAUACAGGAGAAAAGCCGUAUUCGUGUUCAGAAUGUGGGAAAUGUUUUACAGUUAAAUCAUGUCUUGUUAGACAUCAGAGAAGUCACACAGGGGAGAAGCCAUACUCCUGUUUAGAAUGUGGGAAAUGUUUUACAAAAACAUCAUAUCUUAUUCAACAUAAGAGAAUUCACACAGGAGAGAAACCAUAUUCGUGUUCAGAAUGUGGUAAAUGUUUUACAGUUAAAUCAAAUCUUGUUAGACAUAGGACUAGUCACACAGGAGAGAAGCCAUAUUCAUGUUCAGAAUGUGGGAAAUGUUUUACACAAAAAACAGAUCUUGAUAGACAUGAGAGAAGUCACACAGGAGAGAAGCCAUAUUCAUGUUCAGAAUGUGGGAAAUGUUUUACAAAGAGACAAUAUCUUGUUACACAUGAGAGAAGUCACACAGGAGAGAAGCCAUAUUCAUGUUUAGAAUGUGGGAAAUGUUUUACAAAAACAUCAUAUCUUAUUCAACAUAAGAGAAUUCACACAGGAGAGAAACCAUAUUCGUGUUCAGAAUGUGGGAAAUGUUUUACAGAUAAAUCAAAUCUUGUUAGACAUAGGACUAGUCACACAGGAGAGAAGCCAUAUUCAUGUUCAGAAUGUGGGAAAUGUUUUACACAAAAAACAGAUCUUGUUAGACAUGAGAGAAGUCACACAGGAGAGAAGCCAUAUUCAUGUUCAGAAUGUGGGAAAUGUUUUACAAAGAGAUCAUAUCUUGUUACACAUGAGAGAAGUCACACAGGAGAGAAGCCAUAUUCAUGUUCAGAAUGUGGGAAAUGUUUUACACAAAAAUCAGAUCUUGUUAGACACGAUAGAAGUCACACAGGAGAGAAGCCAUAUUCCUGUUCAGAAUGUGGGAAAUGUUUUACACAAAAAUCAGAUCUUGUUAGACAUGAGCGAAAUCACACAGGAGAGAAGCCAUAUUCAUGUUCAGAAUGUGGGAAAUGUUUUACAAAAAAAUCAUAUCUUGUUAAACAUAAUAGAUGUCAUACAGGAGAAAAGCCGUAUUCGUGUUCAGAAUGUGGGAAAUGUUUUACAGUUAAAUCAAGUCUUGUUCAACAUAAGAGAAUUCACACAGGAGAGAAACCAUAUUCGUGUUCAGAAUGUGGGAAAUGUUUUUCAGAUAAAUCAAAUCUUGUUAGACAUAGGAUUAGUCACACAGGAGAGACACCAUAUUCAUGUUCAGAAUGUGGGAAAUGUUUCACAGAUAAAUCAAAUCUUGUUAAACAUAAGAGAAUUCACACAGGAGAGAAGUCAUAUUCCUGUUCAGAAUGUGGGAACUGUUUUGCAUAUAAAUCACAUCUUAUUGAACAUUGGAAAAGUCACACAGGAGAGAAGCCAUUUUCAUGUACAGAAUGUGGGAAAUGUUUUACAAAGAGAUCAUAUCUUGUUACACAUGAGAGAAAUCACACAGGAGAGAAGCCAUAUUCAUGUUCAGAAUGUGGAAAAUGUUUUAUAGAUAAGUCAAGUCUUGUAAUUCAUGAUAGAACUCACACAAAAAAGAAACCAUAUUCAUGUUCAGAAUGUGGGAAAUGUUUUACAAAGAGAUCAAAUCUUGUUGUACAUGAGAGAAGUCACACAGGAGAGAAGCCAUAUUCAUGUUUAGAAUGUGAGAAAUGUUUUACACAUAAAUCAUGUCUUGUUAGACAUGAGAGAAGUCACACAGGAGAGAAGCCGUAUUCAUGUUCAGAAUGUGGGAAAUGUUUUACACAAAAAUCAGAUCUUGUUAUACAUGAGAGAAGUCACACAGGAGAGAAGCCGUAUUCAUGUUCAGAAUGUGGGAAUUGUUUUACACAUAAAUCAUGUCUUGUUAGACAUCAGAGAAGUCACACAGGGGAGAAGCCAUUUUGAUAUUUAUUUUUUUAUGUUUUGUAAGAAGGAACAAAAAUUAUUAAACUUAGCAGAUCAAGAGAAACUAUAAUUUUUUUUAGA